UCCAGGCAGAGGGGGGCUUCAGAAAGGAGAGUCAAGUCUACAGCCAUACCACCCUGGAUGCGCCCCAUCUCAUCAGGAGUGAGCCAAGGUCACAGAGCAGCAAAGCCAGCCUGGACCCCCCAGCCACUCCCCUCCCUCCCACCUAAACCAGGGCCGGGCCAUUUGUGGACAGCUGGAGCAGAUGGCCACGCCAAGCCAACCCAACAAUCUCUCUGGGCAUUUGACCUCCAUUGUUGACUUCUACCCAGAGGACCCAAGGAAUGUAAAUCAGCCCCUGGAAACCAGGCUGCCCUGAGAUGAGGUUGCUGGUUUAAAACAAACACAAGGCUUCCUAUAUAAGGACCAGCCGGCCACCAGGCACCACCUCCGCCAGGAAUCCCAGCUGAGGCCAUGCCUUCCCCGGGGACCAUCUGCAGCCUGCUGCUCCUGAGUGUGCUCUGGGUGGACUUGGCCAUGGCAGGCUCCAGCUUCCUGAGCCCCGAACACCAGAAAGUGCAGCAGAGAAAGGAGUCCAAGAAGCCACCGGCCAAACUGCAGCCCCGAGAGCGAGAGCUGGAAGGCUGGCUCCGCCCAGAAGAAGGAAAUCAGGAGGAAGGGGCAGAGGAUGAGCUGGAAAUUCGGUUCAACGCCCCCUUUGAUGUUGGAAUCAAGCUGUCAGGGGCUCAGUCCCACUGGCAUGGACAGGCCCUGGGCAAGUUUCUUCAGGACAUGUUUUGGGAAGAAGCCAACGAGGCCCCAGCCGACAAGUGACCAUCCACAAGACCGGCCACCUCUUUGUUUUCCUACUGCCCUUAGAAGUGCUCACCGUGGCAUUUAGAUUGCUUCUACAACUCCCAGCUCUGAGUGGUACUAGCUUAGGAGCUGAAUAAAUAUUCAAACUGUGUGCUAAAUGUU